AGACCCAUCUCCACCAUGCAUCUGUAUCCUCUUGUCAUCGGACUUGUGCUUUUUCCACAAGUUCACAGUCUGGAGUGUUUCAUGUGUGCUGAUGGAUCAACUUGCACUCAAAUGCAAUGUGCAGCUGACAAGAAUCAAUGUGGAGCAAUUAGAAUUACCAAAUAUAACGGAAAUGCAAGGAUUAUGGAUGUUACAACCAAAUCCUGUUUGGCCACUCAUGAGUGUAUUCAGGGCUCCAUAAACUAUGGAGUAUCCAGAGAAGUUUUAACCAGUGACUGCUGCAAUUCAAGCCUCUGCAACAACAAAACUCCAGAGCCACCAAAAACUAAGCCCAAUGGAAAGAAGUGCUUCCGUUGUGAUGGGAAUGGAAAUUGCAGCGGAAUCCUAAACUGUGAUGGAGACGAGGACAUGUGCAUCAAAGUAUCAGAGACAUCAGUGGGGAAAACACAGAUAAAGAAGGGCUGUGCUACCAAGAGCAUGUGUUUACCCAGUAAAGGCAAGAUCCCAGUCAUCAGCUGCUGUGAGGGAGACCUCUGUAAUGAUGCUAAAGGUGUAAGUGGUAGCCUCCUUGUCCUAGCCAUAAUGCUAAUAUUAAUCCAUUUUCUUUCCGCUUAAUUAAGACAAUUGUAAGCUGUUGUAAUGUGAUGUUCCAUCAACUGUUUUUUUGUUCACUGCAACAAUAGCAACUGCAUGUUUAAAUUGGCAACAAUCAAACUGUUAAAUACCAGUUAUGCUUUGCCACAAUUUACUAAAUAGAUGAUACUGUUAUCUGCUCAUAUCCAUUAUAAUGCAAGCGAUUUCACAAAAUCUCAAUAAAGUUGCAAAAGCUG